GGGGGCGAGCCUGGAGCUGCUCGAGUCCUUCGGCCAGAACUACCCCGAGGAGGCUGACGGGACCCUGGACUGCAUCAGCAUGGCCCUGACGUGCACCUUCAACCGCUGGGGCACGCUGCUGGCCGUGGGCUGCAACGACGGCAGGAUCGUCAUCUGGGACUUCCUGACCCGUGGCAUCGCCAAGAUCAUCAGCGCCCACAUCCACCCCGUCUGCUCCCUCUGCUGGAGCCGGGAUGGGCACAAGCUGGUGAGUGCCUCCACCGAUAACAUCGUGUCUCAGUGGGACGUGCUGUCCGGGGACUGCGACCAGCGCUUCCGCUUCCCCUCGCCCAUCCUCAAAGUGCAGUACCACCCCCGCGACCAGAACAGGGUGCUGGUGUGUCCCAUGAAGUCGGCCCCGGUGAUGCUGACGCUCUCUGACUCCAAGCACGUGGUGCUGCCCGUGGACGACGACUCCGACCUCAACGUGGUGGCGUCGUUUGACCGCAGAGGGGAAUACAUCUACACCGGGAACGCCAAGGGCAAGAUCUUGGUCUUAAAAACAGACACUCAGGAUCUUGUUGCUUCCUUCAGAGUGACCACAGGGACCAGCAACACCACGGCCAUUAAAUCCAUCGAGUUCGCCCGCAAAGGGAGCUGCUUCCUGAUCAACACGGCCGACCGGAUCAUCCGCGUGUACGACGGGCGGGAGAUCCUCACCUGCGGGCGCGACGGCGAGCCCGAGCCCAUGCAGAAACUGCAGGACCUGGUCAACAGGACCCCCUGGAAGAAGUGCUGCUUCUCGGGGGACGGCGAGUACAUCGUGGCGGGCUCGGCGCGGCAGCAUGCGCUCUACAUCUGGGAAAAGAGCAUCGGCAACCUGGUGAAAAUCCUGCACGGAACGCGCGGCGAGCUCCUGCUGGACGUGGCAUGGCAUCCGGUGCGGCCCAUCAUCGCCUCCAUUUCCAGCGGGGUGGUUUCCAUAUGGGCUCAGAACCAGGUGGAAAACUGGAGCGCUUUUGCCCCCGAUUUCAAGGAGCUGGAUGAAAACGUGGAAUACGAGGAGCGGGAAUCGGAAUUCGACAUCGAGGACGAGGAUAAGAGCGAGCCAGAGCAGACAGGUGAUGCCCAAAACCAUUCCCAGGGAAUUCCAGGGAAUUCCCAGCUUUCCCUGGAAUCCUCUGGAUCCCUCCUGGCCACGUGGUGGAGCCCAAAAACAAGGAAAAAAAAAAUCCUGGGAAGUGAAAAACCCCCCUUCCAUCACCCCUCACCCCAAGCCCGUUAUCCCCCACCCCAAAUCCCGAUGUUUCCCCCAACGCCUGACCCCAAACCCCGCGGUUUCCCAGAGGUUCACCCGCUGCUGGGCGUCAAGGGCGACGGUAAAUCCAAGAAGAAGCAAGCAGGCAGGCCCAAAGGAUCAAAAGGUAAAGACAAAGAUUCUCCAUUUAAACCGAAACUCUACAAAGGGGACAGAGGUUCUUUACCUCUGGAAGGAGCGGCCAAGGGGAAGGUGCAGGCGGAGCUGGGCCAGCCCCUGACAGGUGGUGCAAUCUCAGAGUUGCUAUGAAGACUCUUCCUUCUCUCCCUGUCUCCUUUCCUCUCUUGGCUCCCCAGCGUGGAAACGCUGGAAUUCUCAGUCAGGACUGGCACAGACUGAAUUCCAUGGAUUCAGGGAGUGAUUUGGGGCAGGAAUGACUCUGGAAGAGGGAGCAGCCUCCGCCCUCCUGCUGCCUCUCCGUGGAUCAGGCACAGCUGGCGCGGAGAAGGCUCGGACCGAGCUCCAGUUGGGAAUUCCGGGGACAAAUCCCUGUCCCAAAGUGACCUGAGCCCCUUCCCCGCCACUCCAGAGCCUCUCCACCUUUAUCUCCCAAAAUCUCGCAUCAUUCCCGGAUGGAAGAACACCCCAAAGAGUGGAUUUGGAUUCCUGGCUGGAUCCUGCAAAGCCCCCCCUUUUCCAGCUGGGAAUUCCCGUCUCGCUGAGCCCAUUCCUGCCCAGCUUUUCUGGGUGACAGGAUCAGGGCAGAGCCGCUGAUCCCAGCCCAGAUUUUCAGGAAUUUCCGCUCUGGAAUCUGCCUUGCUUUGGUGUUUAUUUCUCCCACUCUGCCGGUGGCAGAAGGGGCAGCUUUAGAUAAAAAAAACUCAUUUUCCAA